AUCGGGUAAGUGUUAUUGAUUGUAUCAAACUUUAAGACACCCAUUUCACAUCGAAUUUUGUAUGAUUGGUGGCCACAUGUUGGUGUUGUACUGAGGGGAUAUGGGACUGGAGUCUUCCCGCAAUCUGGACACUGGAUUGCCACCACACAAGCGGCGUUUACCAGCAAAAUCACCAUUGUUAGCAUCACCAUUCUUGAUUCUUCAGAGGAAUGGAGUAUUUCCGGAAAGAUGGUUGUUUUCAACGAAUUGGGUAAUCCAAAAAAGAUGGCGCGAGAUGUUCUUGGGAUGGAAGAGUAGAAUGGAAAACUGCAAUGAGGUCCUUGGGGAUGCAUGGAAACCUGUUAAGAUCCAAAAGCAAAUUGGGACGAUCUCCAUGUUUAUUAUUCCCAAAUCCCAAUAG